AUGCCGGCGCGCGAGGACGACAGCAGCAGGAACGGCGGCGUGGAGGCCUUCCUGGCCGCAGCCAGGGCCGUGCUCGAGCGCCUCCAGGCCCCCGCCACGCGCGCCGAGGCGAGGCGCCUCCUCGGUGCCGUCCGUCGCCGCCUCGCCGACGACCCCGCCGCCGGGCAGGAGGAACGCUUCCGCGCCUUCAACCUCCGCAUCCACGACGUCGUCCUGCAAGGUCGCCCCCCCAUCCUCCCCACUGCCUGUCAAAUCGCCCGGAUCACCCGGCGGCGGCUCGAGGGAUGCUGCGACGAGGAGGACGACCGGAAGGCAGCCAUGGAACGUUUGCGGAUCCUGGAGGAUUGCGUCGUGGUGGCCUAUGACGGCUUUGAGCAUAUCAACCAUUUUCAAUCAAAUCUGCUAUGUUCCACUGCUCCACCCCCUUUGCCACAUCACUGGAAAUUGCCUCGAUACAUAAGCCUUUGGCUGCAAAAUUGAAAUAAGGUUUUACAAUUCCAAAUUGACAAAGAGAGUGCAGAGAGGAGCGAGGUAGCGGCGGUGCCAGCCGUGGAAGAGGCGGGUAGGAGCGCCCGAGCUAGCGAAGCGGCAUCCCAAAGUUCUCCAAGGCCGCGGCUACCAUGUAGGACCAGACCUGUGUUCAGUCUAGGAUUUCAGAUCAGCUUUGUUGGUCGUUGAUGGGUAAAUUCCUCUCCUUGGUAGUGAAAACUAUGUGAAGAUAAAUGAAUAGUUAUCACUUGGAUUGGAUGGGCAUUCUGCAUUGCAAUUUUUCUCUAUAGUUCUAUUUUAUUUACACAGAUUUAGAGGCUUUUCCUCUUUUCCUCUAUAGUUCUGUUUUGUUAGUAAUCUUAUAAGCAACAGAAAAUAGCAGUAUGAUAUUUAUGUCAUUGUGACAUUUAAAUCAGUGUUCAUGCUUGUAAG